AUGUCAGUGCCUGUUCAAGAGGUAAGUGGAGAGGAGUCUCUGAUAGUCAGCUGUGGACCUGCAAUAAGGGUGAUGUACCACUUCAAAGAAAUGAAAGUGUUGGUAAGGAACAAUAAAAUAGAUUUUGUGCUGGUCUUCAGAGAUUUGGGCACAUUACCAUCUACUAUCUUUAGUAUCAUUCACUCCCUCCCUGAAAUUAGAGUCUUUAAAGAUCUCAUUGUAAUUAAUAAUGACCUCAUCAAUCCUAAUCCUGAUAACAUUGAGGAUGCCAAUGAGCAGAAUGUGAAUGCAAAUGCUGUGCCUUCACAAAGACAGCAGAAAGUGACUAAAAAGGGCAAGUGCAAGAAGAAGUAUGAGAAUGACAGCAUCCCUGCUGACAAUGAUAACAUACCAGAGCCUGAUCUCAUCAUUACUGGCUACCAGAGAGCACUGUCCAUCCCUGCUAACAAUAAUAAUGCAUCUGAGCCUAACCUUAUCAUCAAUGACUCCCAGAGAGAGCUAUCCAUUCCUUCACUUCUUUCCCUCAAUAAUGUCACACAAGGUCUUCCCAACAAUGGGGACUAUGUCAUAGGGCAGAUCACAAUUUAUACAGAACUAUUUACAGAGAUGAUCACCAUUGGGAGCCAUCUCACAGAUACAUCAUAA